AUGGCCGGGGAGGUUACAUACCUGCUGCUGCCUGUGCUGCUGGUGCUCCUGGCCUCAGGCUCCUGGGCACAGAUGGCAGAGUUGCUGCAUAAACUGGAGGGUGAGACAAUCUCUGUGAGAUGCCCGUACCAAUGUUACCAGGCUUCAAGGAGGAAAGUCUGGUGUAGGCAAACAUCAGUGGACAGAUGUUUCACAUUAGUGGACAGUUCCAGGCCCAGGGCUUGGGGGUCUCGAUACUUCAUCCAGGAUGAUCGCAACUCUUGCCACUUCACUGUCACCAUGACUGAGCUCACGGUAAAGGACUCGGGAUUUUAUUGGUGUGGAAUCCAUGAAUCUUACAGAAUAAUUCUCGGAAUCAUCCAUCUGAUGGUAUCUCAAGGUACUGUCAAUGACAUCCCUACCCCGUCCUCUCAGCCCUCCAUUUCCUCUCACUCUCUGUUGACUGUGCCAAAUGCCCCCAACAACUACACUGCCACAGAUGCCCAGCUCUCAGGGGAAGGGAUGAGCCCCCCCAGCCACUGGAAGUUCAUCAUCCCUGGCGUGGUGGUGGCCGCCCUGCUGCUGCUGGCGCUUGCCCUCCUCAUGGCCCUGUACCUCAGGAAAGCCCGAGGAAGAGCCGGGAAAGGUGAGGAUGGAUCCCACCACGUCUAUGACGACAUUGCAGCACAGAAGGAGCCCACACUUUCAGCACCUAAAAGGGCCACUGACCACUGUAGCCGUGACCUAUACAAUGGACAUCUUGUCUUCUUUGAUUCCCAGGGCUUCAGUCAGCCGAUGGUCUCUGAUGAGGACACUGAGGCUAUCUGUUAUGCCUCACUCAUACACCUAAACCAAUUCAGCCAUGAGGACUCCAUCUAUGCCAACACCAACCCCAACUUGAAGCCAACGCCUGACCCACUUCUGUCUGUGGAAUAUGCCAGCAUUACUGGAAAUGGUCCCCGGCCCUCAAAAUCAGCAGCUCCAGAGGGGGAGCCAAGGAACUGA